CGUCUCUCCAAAACUACGGCAGAAAAUGAUGUACGAGACCUUUAAAAGCACCUAAAAGAGAAAUAUAAAAAAAGGCUAAGGGAAAGGAGAGUUCACAGAAGAAAGAAACUGAGGGACAGCUAAAUAUCGAUUAGAGAAGAUGAUGUGGGAGCACAGUGAACUUCACAAAAGGAGGUUUCUUCUGGACCAAUCCUUAAGUCUUAGGCUCCGUCCCUUUUCACACAACCCUUUCCGUGUUUCUAAGUAAUUGUUGUUGUUGGAAAGACAUUCUGGGGCAGGCACUGACAUGCUGAAGUGCCCCAUUGUAAGAUACUUUUUUCAAGGAAAAAUGAGAUCCAUUACCACUCCUGAAUGAAACUAUAGCAGGUUUACAUCAACACCAAGAUUUUCCUGAGGAAUAAUAACUGACAACUCUGACAUGAAUGAAUGAUGCAGGAUAGGCGAAUGGUAGACACAGCGCAGUCAUCAUUUCUACUAAAACACCAAUUGUUCUCAAUGACUUCUUCAUUCCCUCCUAAUUCCACCCACAGUCCAUCAUCCCUCUCAGACCACUACUGCCCUCUUCUGCAGACAAUGAUCAAUAAUACCUUAAACAAAGACAAAGGUGUAAACUUGGCAGUGGUGAGCAUCCAUGGUGUGGUAUCUGCUCUUGGCAUCCUGGAAAACGCACUGGUGCUGUGGGUUCUUGGUUUCCGUCUUCGACGCAAGACGGUAACUGCAGUAUGGGUCCUCAAUCUGGCACUGUCGGACUUCCUAACCACGCUCACCCUGCCACUUUUCACUCAUUACCUAUCGAUGAACCACAGCUGGGAGUUGGGUGGCGCACUGUGUGCCGCACAGGCCUCCAUUUUUUUCCUCAACAUGUUUGUUUCUGCCUUCCUACUGGCUGUGAUAUCACUGGACCGUUGUUUGUUAGUGACUAAACCCGUUUGGACUCAGAACCACCGCAAUGUGUCGGCAGCAUGGAAGAUUUGUGGUCUAGGAUGGGCCUGGGCAGCGGUUAACGUGUUUCCGUAUUUCAUAUUUCGUUCCGUCGUGGAAAAGCAGGAUCGCCGCAAACUCUGCUAUCACAAUUUUGCACUCUAUUCCUCCUCAGGCACACUGCACACAGACUGUAAGGUACGUCAGGCAGCAACAGCAGUGUCUAAAAUCUUGCUGGCAUUUGUUGUACCGCUGGUCAUCAUCGCCAUCAGUUACACUAUCAUUGUUCUACACCUGCGAGCUCGCAGGAAGAGGCUUGAGAGUAGACGGCUGGGUGCCAGCAAACCGAAAUCCUCAAAAUUCUUCCGCAGCUUGUCUUUAUCACGUGAAAAAAACACCACUCAACACUCACAAAGUUUCAUGAAGAUGGUCGUCUCGGUGAUCGCAACCUUCAUACUCUGCUGGGUGCCCUACCACGUCUUCUGCUUGCUGGAGGUGACGGCUCAGUACAAGACAGACAUCGUGAAUCUUGUGGAGGUGUCCUUACCUGUCGCGACAACGUUCUCCUUCCUGAACCCUGUGUUGAACCCGAUUAUCUACACUUUUAGCUGUCCAAACUUCUCCACUCGAAUCCGACAAAGUUUGGAAGCAGUUUUCGAGGGGCUGGUGGAGGAAGCUGGACCCUUAGUACGGGUUACACAAAGUAUCAGGAAAAAUUCAUUGUUUCUCUCUUCACCAAGCUCUCCCAGUGUCAGCCGCAUCCGGCGCAUUUCACAGGGUACAUCAAUCUCUGACUUUAAAAGCAGUCCCAUCAAUGAAGGAAAGAGAGAUGACAAAAUGUGACUUUAUGUCGUGGAAUAACAUAUUUUGGUACUAACAAACAAUGUUUCUGACUACAAACAAGAGGUCACAAUCAUGGGAUGGCCUUAUAAGCCUUUAUCUUUUCUGCAUAUCUUUGCUACACUGGGUUUGAUUUAAGCCAUGGUCAUGCUGGAUUACCUCUGAGGUUGUUGUGAUUUUGGGAAUAUUAAAGAGAGUAUGCCCUUGCCACUGGUAAACACGAAUGAACUGAAAACAAAAGCCCCUCAAACACAUGCAAAUCAACAUGACCCAUAUUCCUAUCUCUGUUCUCUGACAUUGUUCAGAUUCCUGACUACAUAUAUAUAUAACUCAACAACAACAGCAAAAAA